AUGGUGCGCCCCUCUCCAUCUAUUUUUUCUUUGUUCUCUAUUCUUCUUGUGCUCUUCUUUCAUGGUCUGAACCCUAGGUAUUGGGGAUUCUGUAGUGCUGUGACAAGGGAUUGGGGAUUUGAGCGAAGAUGGACGCUACCGAAAUUCCAGAAGGUGAGCAGUCAUGUGGAGGGGGAUGAGAUGCCUCUUGCAGCGAACAUGGAUUGCGAGGGCAUGCCUAAUGAAGUGCCAGUUGUUAAGGAGAAGAUGGAGUUUGAGGGAUUUGAAUGGGCAGAAGUACCACAAUAUGGAGAAACCAUAGCAGGGCCACCAAUGCCUGAAGAGGAGGAGAAGGAGCACUUCAUGACUGUUGGGUGUGACCCUGAUGGGGAUGAGCCAACCGGAGUAGACGAAGAGUGGAGAUACUUCAAACCAAUUGAUAUUGCAGUUAAUGAUACACAGCUAGCAGAAAAUAUUGAAGUAGUGGUGCAGAAAAGAAAGAGGGCAAUGUCUGUUCUAGACUUUGAUUCUGAAUGUGUUCAUGAUGAUGAGGCUACUAUGAUAGAUGAUUACGUUGCACCUUUCACAACACAUGACAAAGAGAAUCCGGUUAUUAAUGAAGGAGAUACAUUUGGAGAUAAGGACGAGUUCAUCAUGACCUUGAGGACAUAUGCCAUAAAAAAUGAGUUUGAUACUAGGGUUGAACAUAGUGACAAAGAGAGGUACAAGACAAGGAUAAACAACUCUAAAUUUGUUGGAGCCUCCACAACUGAUGCUGGGACAUCCAAAGCAGCUGUUGAACCCUCUCCAACGCCUCAUUCAAGCCCGGGUGUAACAACUAGAAAGAUGUCAUCCCUUCCUCCAACUAGCCCAGGUGUAACAACUAGAAGGAUGGCUGCAAUCUCACCUGGUGGAAUCAAUCAGAGGCUCAUCAUUGAGUAG